AUGAUUCGUGAACUAGGAUAGUAGGAUCUCGUUCGGUGGGAGAGAGGAGUAAAAAGAAACUCUUUGAUUACUAAUCAUCCAACAAAAGGAUCUGUCCUCAUCCUUAUCUACUAUCCCCGUCUUAUGGAAACUCUUUAGCUGUUUUAAUCACCUUUGCUAUUUAACCAAAACGCCGACCACUGCCUCUUUCUCUUGAUUUCCUUUUUGUUUUCCUUCAAAGCAGUUCUCUUUUGAUUUCAUUUAAAAUUAUGGGGGAUUUAUCUCUUCCUAAUGACGCCCUCUUCCUUGGAUUUGAUAGUUCUACUCAGUCGUUGAAGGCAACUGUUUUGGACUCCAAUCUCGUUAUUGUUGCUUCAGAGAUGAUCCACUUUGACUCUGAUUUGCCUCAUUAUAAGACCAAGGAUGGUGUUUACAGAGACGCUAAUGUUAAUGGCAGAAUUGUUUCACCCACCAUAAUGUGGGUGGAGGCUUUGGAUCUUAUUUUUCAAAGGCUUUCUAAAUCAAAUUUGGAUUUUGGGAAGAUUGCUGCCGUUUCUGGUAGUGGACAGCAACAUGGCAGUGUUUAUUGGAACAAAGGUAGUUCUGCAUUGUUAUCAUCAUUGGACCCCAAGAAGCCAUUAGUUGAUCAGCUCCGCGAUGCCUUUUCUGUUAAGGAAUCACCGAUAUGGAUGGACUGCAGCACAACUGCUCAGUGUAGAGAAAUAGAGAAAGCUGUCGGUGGUGCAUUGGAGUUGUCUAAAAUUACUGGUUCUCGUGCUCAUGAGAGAUAUACAGGACCACAAAUUCGGAAGAUAUUUGAGACACAACAAGAAACUUAUGAGAACACUGAGAGGAUCUCUCUUGUUAGCUCUUUCAUGGCUUGUCUAUUCUUAGGGGCUUAUGCUUGUAUUGAUACAACUGAUGGUGCAGGGAUGAACUUGAUGGAUAUAAAGCAAAGGGCUUGGUCUAAAGCUGCAUUGGAGGCUACAGCUCCAGGUUUGGAGGAAAAGCUUGGAAAGCUAGCUCCUGCACAUGCUGUUGCUGGUUCUAUAGCAUCCUAUUUUGUGGAGAGGUAUAAGUUCAAUAAGAAUUGCUUGGUGGUUCAGUGGUCUGGAGACAAUCCUAACAGUUUAGCAGGUUUAACUCUAAACACCCCUGGGGAUCUAGCAAUCAGUUUGGGCACCAGUGACACUGUCUUUGGAAUCACCAAGGAUCCUCAACCUGGUUUAGAAGGGCAUGUUUUCCCGAAUCCUGUUGAUAUUGAAGGCUACAUGGUAAUGUUGGUCUACAAAAAUGGGUCUUUGACACGUGAAGAUGUACGUAAUUGCUAUGCUGAGAAAUCUUGGGAUGUUUUUAACAAAUUUCUCGAGCAAACUCCUCCACUAAAUGGUGGGAAGAUUGGUUUCUAUUACAAGGACCAUGAGAUUCUUCCUCCAAUGCCUGUUGGCUUCCACCGCUACAUUCUUCAAAAUUUCAAUGGUGAAACUCUGGAUGGCUUGAAUUUACAAGAAGUCCAAGAAUUUGAUCCUCCUUCCGAGGUUCGCGCCUUGAUUGAGGGACAAUUUCUGUCGAUGCGUGCUCAUGCAGAAAGGUUCGGAAUGCCUUCUCCUCCAAAACGAAUCAUUGCUACUGGUGGGGCAUCAGCAAAUAAAAGCAUUCUCAGCUCAAUUGCAUCAAUCUUUGGCUGUGAUAUAUAUACGGUUCAAAGACCUGAUUCAGCAUCUCUGGGAGCUGCAUUGAGGGCUGCUCAUGGUUGGUUGUGCAACAAAAGGGGCAGUUUUGUGCCGAUAUCUUGUAUGUACAAGGAUUUAGACAAGACAUCCCUGAGCUGCAAGCUCUCGAUGGCUGCUGAAGACCAGAAACUGGUUUCCAAGUAUGCUUUAUUGAUGAAGAAGAGAAUGGAACUAGAGAAUAACCUUGUCAAAAAGUUGGGACGGUACUAGAAGUCAAUAAUAGUGUGUUAUAUCUCGUGAUUUUUAGGUACUAUCAGAGUUCAAUUCAAAUUUAACAUGGACAUUGUUAUAGUUUUUUUUUUUUCCUUUUAUUUAAAUCAUUGCAAAUAAAAGGUAUCAUCAGAGUUCAGUUAAAAAGAAAGAGGUUUGUCAUAUUUUUUAACUUGGAUAGGCAAUAAUGGGAACCCGAAUGUUUGGUCCAUUGGUAAAAAGUGUUUAUUUGUGAUUCAAGAAUUUCCUUUUAUUUACUCUUGCCAAUGAUGUCAAGUUGAUCGCCAUAGUGCUUGCGCGGUGAGGAAAGCCUUAAAUCUAUCUUCCUUAAUACCUGCCAAAUAUUGAUCGGAUCUCAACGAUCUUCCUAACAGGAAACAUUGACGUGCAGUGUAAUAAAAGUAUCAUGAUGACUCUUAUAUGAAAAGUCAAAAUUACAUUUUAUUUGUAUUUUUUACUAAAAAUGACAUGAUUUAAAAAUCUUAAAAAAAUAAUUUAUUAUUUUUUGAGUAGAAUAAAAUAAAAUCUAAGGGCUUCGAUCUUAUAAUUUUACCGUGCACUUUAUUCAUAGAAAAUACCAAAAACUAGUACAUCAUCCGAGGUAUUCAACCCUGAAAACACAUCCAAAAUCAACAAGAAAAUACAUCACAGUAGCAAACGGAUAACGGUACAUCCCUCAAUACUCCUCCUCAUCCCCUUCGUCUCCUUCACCAGACUCAGCGCCAACUUCUUCAUAAUCUUUUUCCAGUGCAGCGAGA